CACAACCGUUCAAAUCUCGUCUUCACCUUAUGUCAUAGGUGACAACGAUAUGAUAUGUGACUUUUACUGGCAUUAGGAAGAUGCGAGGAAAGAACAUUCUUUUGUCUGCUAGGAUUUGGAGUAUAUCAGGGGGCAGUCGCUACCUUUUCAAUCCGAUAUCAGACAAUGAAAUAGCCACCCCAUAUGAUCCAUACUGUGUCUCUCGUCAUACUCUCCCACCAUCCGGGCCACUUUUUAAUCUAGUACUACGUCGGCCACCAACACCCCACUUACUAAAGUUGAAUCUUCUCCCUGUCACAAACUAUCAUUCUAUACACGAAAUGUGACCAGAUUCAGGACAUCCUUCAACGCAGACAGUCAUGACGGAGCAUGGUACAACGACCUCGGUUGCCAUUUCCAUAGCAUGCCUCGUUGUUGUGGCACUUCUUUCCAUUCCGUCCGCCACCCAGUUCAUCGCCAGAUUCCGAGCGAAGAAAAGUCAAUAUCAAGACCUUACUGGACUGUACGAGGAUGAAGAUGGAGCUGCCACAGCCGAGUCUCAAGCAUCUUAUUCCGACAUAAUACCACGAUGGAUUUUGAUACUAACGUCUAUUGUCGCAAGUCUGGAUGCACUGGCUACCGCUGUCUUGACAAGUAUUCGAUCACAUCAGUCAUUGACGUUGGAACAAUGGCUUCAACUGGCAACGUGGCUGCUACUUCUGUCGCAAACCGUCACCAUUUUUGUCACACCUUCGUCCUUGAAACGGUAUAACCUAGGAAUCUAUUCCGCCACCUCUGCACUUUUUCUGGUCGUUGCAGUCGGCUUCGAGAACCUCUCCUUGUGGCAGUCGGAAGUUGAUCCUCUUCCAAGGAAAGUGCACCUUGCUUUGUCGAUUAUCCAGAUCGUCUGCGGCAUAACGCUGCUCUUUGCAAGCCUUUCCAUUCCUCGGCGGCCAGAUGUUUUCUGGAACGAAAAGGUCGUUGACCGUCAGAACACGGUUUCGGUCCUAGGAAAAUUCACGUUUUCAUGGCCAUCGCAAAUUCUCUCCUUUGCCGUCAAGAACAGAGGUCUUGGCUACGACGAUCUAGCAGAGAUCGAUCACGAGGUGCGUUCUAGAGAGUUGCGAAAACAAUUCGAAGGCGUAGGAAGGACAACCAAGUUGUGGAAAACCGUCUUCUGGUCGCACAAGUGGGCUUUUAUCCAGCAAUGGACCUUCCAGGCAAUAUGCUCCGUCACCAAUUUCAUACCACAAAUCGCCCUCUUCUACAUCCUGCGCACUCUUGAAGCUCGAGAUCAAGGAGCAGACGUUGGCUUUACGGCGUGGUUGCUGGUGAUCGCCCUGGGUGUAGCCGUGACAUUCUCAUCCUGGCUUGAAUCUUGGAUGUUCUUCAUAUGCUUCAUGAGGCUUGGUAUUCCCGUGUAUGAACAACUCUCGGCUGUCGUAUUCGGGAAAGCUCUCAGACGCAAAGAUGUCAAAGCUGCAGGCAAGAAGGAGCAAGCAGACGCCAACGGUGAAGCUCUGAAUGGGGAGGUUGUUGUGAACAAAGAUGCCGGCAAAAAGGGCGAAGAUCGUGUGCCCGAGGAAGACGAAGACGAAGACUUCCAGAAAUCUCGACAAAGCACAAUCAACCUGGUCGGUGUCGAUUCGAAAAGAAUUGCCGACUUCGCCCAAUGGAACUAUAUCUUUCUCGGUUCCGCCAUCAAACUCAUCGUCGCCUUCACAUUCUUAUCGAAACUGAUCGGUCCUAUUCCGCUGCUUGCUGGCUUGGCCGCCCCGGCUAUCAUCACACCACUAAAUAUAUACACUUCAAAACGGUAUGCCAAUGCACAAGACAACCUCAUGAAGCACCGAGAUCACAAGAUGGCAGUGGUCACAGAAGCUCUUCAAGGCAUCCGACAGAUCAAGUUCAGUGCCCUUGAGCGAGACUGGUACGAGAAGAUACUAGAGACCAGAAGGAAAGAGCUGAAAACACAAUGGCAAGUCUUUUGUUACGACACGACGCUUAUCAGCAUCUGGAUCUUUGGUCCUGUCAUGCUCGCGGCGAUCUCCCUUACAACAUACGCUGUGAUCAACAAGGAGCUGACAGCCUCUGUCGCUUUUACGACGAUCUCCGUUUUUGAGGCGAUUGAGAUGACGUUGGCUGUGAUCCCCGAAAUGGUUACAGAUUUACUCGACGCAAUAGUGUCUGCGAAGCGUGUUCAAGAGUAUCUUGAUGCUCCUGAACGCACAGACUACAGUCGGUCCGGCAAUACAAUCGCGUUCAAGAAUGCUGUCGUAGGGUGGCCUUCAGACGAUGCCGAGCAGGAGGAAGACAAGUUCAAGCUGCGCGAUCUCAACCUUGACUUCCCCAAAAACGAGUUGAGCGUGAUAUCAGGGCGAACUGGAUCCGGCAAGAGUCUACUGCUUGCCUCGAUCAUUGGCGAAGCUGACAUUCUUGAUGGCACUAUCGCGGUACCUAAGCCACCUGAGGCUGCUGCAAGAUAUGAUGGGAAAGCAAAUCGAGGCAAUUGGCUGAUCGACUCUUCGAUCGCAUUUGUAGCUCAGAUCCCGUGGAUUGAGAACGCGACGAUCCGUGAAAAUAUUCUUUUCGGCCUUCCGCUCGACAAUGAUCGAUACCAGAAGGUUCUGACGGCAUGCGCUCUAACCAAGGAUUUGGAGAUGCUCCAGGAUGGUGAGCUUACUGACAUUGGUGCAAAUGGGAUCAAUCUCAGUGGCGGCCAGAAGUGGCGAGUAUCCUUUGCCCGAGCUUUGUACUCAAGAGCUGGCAUCUUGGUCUUGGACGACAUUUUCUCGGCCGUUGACGCGCAUGUAGGGAGACACCUGUUUGAGCAGGCAUUGACUGGUGAGCUUGGUCAAGGACGCACGAGAAUCCUGGUAACCCAUCAUGUCGCCCUCUGUCUACCCAAGACGAACUAUGCAGUUCUGCUGGCGAAUGGCACGGUCGAGCAGGCAGGGCGGACCGAAGAUUUACGCAAGAGUGGGAGAUUGAACUCGAUCCUGGACGUUGACGAGGACGAACAGCAGAAGGAAGAAGAACAAGCCGACAAAGAUCAAGAGCUUGCUAUCGACGACGGCGGCGGUCUGAACAGAAUGCUCACCAACCGCUCGCGGCGGAAAUCAGCCCUGAGCGAUGCACCUCCUGACCUUAAUCGCCAUCGCUCCCAUGCCGGUGCGGACGAUACAGAGCAAUCAAACGCGCCUAAGAAAUUCAACGAAGAAGAAAAGCGCGAGACCGGCGCGAUCAAAUACAAGAUUUACGACACUUAUAUCCGUGCCUGCGGCGGCUAUAGCUUCUGGCUCUUCGUUCUGACAAUCUUCGCCUUCUGGAUUGUGGUCUACCUUGCUAGAUCGUACUGGAUCAGUAUAUGGACGCGCUCCUAUCGCACCGAGUCCGUCUUCCACACUCGGCUGAUGCAGCAAUCCGUUGGUGUGUACCAGCACAUCCAAUCUCAAUUAGCGGCCACUAAAAUCGACUCGGAUCUUCGCUACUACCUAGGUGUCUAUCUGGGGAUAUCGCUUGUGGCAUGGCUUGUUGGCACGGUGCGCUACUUCUUCGUAUUCCUCGCCUCAAUCCGUGCUUCGAAGAUUCUGUUUGAGAAGCUAGCCUUCGCCGUUCUGCGCGCCCCGCUUCGAUGGCUCGAUACUGUGCCCCUGGGACGGAUCCUCAACCGGUUCACCGCAGACUUCAACAUGGUCGACUCGCGCAUCAGUAUGGAUUUGGGGUUCUUACUACACAAUAUAGUGCAAGUCUUGUCUGUGGUCAUUGCCGGGCUUUUCGUAUCACCGUUCACAAUCAUCUUCGCAGUCGGACUGCUCUCUAUCUCUGGCUGGUAUGCCCUUCAGUAUCUCGCGGGCGCACGCGAGGUCAAAAGACUCGAAAGUAACGCAAAGUCCCCCAUUUUCGAGCAAUUCGGCUCGGUUCUCAUGGGAAUUGGGACAAUUCGGGCUUUCGACAAGGCCGACGGUUAUCUCGACAAGAUGUACGCCAAGAUUGACAAGCAUUGCCGCGCCUACUGGCAUCUUACGCUGUUCAAUCGAUGGAUGGGAUGGCGGCUAAAUAUGGUCGGGUCAGUGUUUUCUGCAGUCAUGGCGGCCUUGAUCGUGAGUAUCAGGUCGAUUGACUCGUCACUGGCUGGUUUCGCAUUGAGUUUCGCUCUGGGUCUGUCUGAAGGCGUCAUCUGGAUCCUGAGGCAGUACUCAAAUCUGGAGCUGGAUAUGAAUGCCACGGAGCGGAUUGUCGAGUACAGCAACAUAGCAAUUGAGAACCAAGGCGGUCAUGAUGCGCCAGCGGCGUGGCCGACGGAGGGCAACUUGGAGGUCCAUGAUCUGGUCGUGGCUUAUGCGCAAGAUCUGCCGCCCGUACUGAAGGGUCUGACAUUCAGCGUGUCAAGAAACCAGCGCGUUGGAGUUGUUGGGCGAACAGGCGCCGGCAAGUCGAGCCUUACGCUGGCUCUGUUCAGAUUCCUGGAGGCACAGUCUGGACAGAUCGUCAUUGACGGAAUCGACAUCUCCAAAAUCAAAUUGUUCGAUUUACGCUCACGGCUGGCAAUCAUACCGCAGGAUCCGGUGCUCUUCUCGGGAACAGUCCGGAGCAACCUCGACGCGUUUGACCAGCAUUCGGACGAGGAGCUUCGUGAGGCUCUUGCCAGAGUGCACCUCAUUUCGUCGGCGAGUGUAGCAGCGAGUGGAAGCGCGACACCUGUUCCGAACGGACAUGCUGUGACGACCGAUACGAAUACAAACAUAUUCCGCUCGCUGUCAUCGAAAAUCUCCGAAGGUGGUCUGAACCUGUCCCAAGGACAGCGGCAGUUGUUGUGCCUCGCCCGUGCGAUCGUGUCACGGCCGAAGAUCAUGGUGCUCGACGAGGCUACGAGCGCGGUGGAUAUGGAGACCGAUGCCCUGAUUCAGAGGUCGAUCCGUGAAGAGUUCACGGAUAGUACGUUGAUUGUGAUUGCACAUCGGUUGAGCACGAUCGCAGAUUUCGACAGGAUUCUUGUAUUGGGUGAGGGUAAGGUGCUCGAGUAUGAUGAUCCUCGGAGUUUAAUGUCCAAGGAGGAUGGAGUGUUCAGAGAGAUGGUUGAGACAUCGGGUGAACGAGCAGAACUGGAGAAAAUAAUUGGCACUACUCAGAGAUAGUGCUGGUAAUAUAGACUGUUUGAGGUGCUCGAAGUGGUCGCCAGAAGAUGCUUCGUGCUUGCAUG